ACAUACAGCGCUGCAAUGUUGGUAAAUUAAUAUGAUCUCUCUCGCCUGCUGCGAACCUUUAAUUAUGAUACACAAGAAUAAUACAGACAUCCAAAAAAGUAUAUUUCCAUAACCAUCUGUCAUGAGGAAAAUCUCCCCUAUUAAGAAAAAAAAAGACUAUUUUGAUCAUGAGUUGAAAAAAAAAAAAAAAAGAAGUGACUUCAUUCUCGGGGGCGCGGUGGAUUCAACUGAGCUUCCGUACCGCCGCAUUGGAACCAUUUCCUGGCAAAAAUGUGACUUCUUGUCAUCUUGCCACGGUAUGAAAUCUGACCAUGACUUUGCUCAAUUUCGGGAGGUAAAAGGUCCAAUAAACACCGGCAAUCCGAACACCCUCAUUUUUCAUAAAACUAUUUACGCUGAAGAGCAGUCAAAGUGGUUCUUCUUUCCAGGCAGCCAUUUUUUUUUAACCCUCCCACUCACGAGUCUUUUUUUUUUUUUUUUUACUCAUACCGAAAAUGAAAGUAAAAGGCAUGUGGGCGGCGAAUUUUGGUCUGUUAUCUCGACACGGCUGAAGAAAACUGCCACGGAGGUUGUUGAUGUGGCAGAAGCUGCCGAGACAGGAGAGUGCCGUCGUCCGUCACAACCAGCACUGCCCGCUGUCGCGUCCAUCUUGACAACAGCGACCCAGCCACGACAUGCUCUAAGCGAACGACGAUGUCCUCAACUGCUUUCACGUUGUGGCUGCUGAUCGUGGUCCGCUUCAGUUGGCAAAAUCCUCUGAACGCCGCUUGUCAAUCGAAUGUUAUCUUUGAAGAACCGUCUCGUCUAUUGCGACAACCAACAGCCAAACACGUCUCGGGGAUUGUGAAAAAUCUGCUCGGGUUCAGCGACUCCCGUACGACGAGAGCAGCUUGGUUUGACCGGCAAUACGGCGUCGCAAACAAGGGUUUCAUGGAGAUGGUCUGCCAGAAGGAGAUCGUGGGCCACUACGGUCAACCGUCUGUGGUGGACUGCACGAUUAAAUUGUUGCAGGAGGUGAAAGAUCUGACCGUGCAGGCCGUCACUUGGAAAAAAGACGGCGUGUUGCUGCUGUUGUUCCACAGUCAAAAACUUUUUGCCGAGCCGGGCUAUUCGUUUGCCGAACCGUCUUGGAACGACAAGUCCUUGAACGUGUCGCUGCGGAUCGCCAACACCUCCCUGGCCGACCGCGGCUCUUAUCACUGCUUGGUGAUGUCGGAUCGGGGCUCGUACAACAGCUCAGCUGACCUUCGUGUCACGGCCAAAUACAGCAGACCCAGCAUCCAGUCCACCCCGGCAGACAACACCCCCAACUCGCAAGUCACGCUGACCUGUCGCUCCGACGGCGGUUACCCGAAAGGCCGCCUGGGCUGGUUUGCGGGUCCCAACGAGAUCGGGGAAGCCGUAACCGUGGCCGAGGAGAUGACGAACGGGCUGUUCGGCCUGUCCAGCCAGCUGACUUUGGUGCGGGGCCACGACGUCUCCGAGUACACCUGCGUGGUGUUCAACGCCACUGGCGACAGAGACGGCGAGGCCACGUUCGCGAGGCCCAAGACUGCAGGGCAAAGAAAUUCAAAAGACAAAAGCUCGGACACGGCAACCAAAGUCAUGGCGCCUUUGGUGGUCAUCGGCUCGCUGAUGAUCGGCUUGCUGCUGUAUCUGGUGCUAAGCAAGAAGUGCCGUGCCCGAAACUGCAAACUGGUUCGUCAACCCGGAACAGACCCGGAGCGAGGUAGAGGUUGCCCACAGGACCAGCCUUUGGUGAAGCACGAAUCCCAGGACACCAAGGCGUCAAAAGACGCCGCAUCACUUCCAGACUGACUGUCAUCAUUUUUUUUCCCCUCCCUCCAUCAUUGAUGCGAUUUGCGCCCAAUAACUUGGACAGUAUUCGAAUGAUUGUUCAAAGGAGCCGCAACUUCUGAAAUCACCGAAAGAUGGAUGUCGAGCCCCCGUAAAUCGAGGCUGGGUGGCUCAGAGAGGACGAGGGUUGUAGAUAAAAAAAAAAAAAAAAAGUGAUGUUGGCACUCGGGAAUUAUUUGCCGUAAACUGAAAAUGGCUCCUUAUAGGAAAAAUGGUUUAAUGUUUAACAUAACUGAGAUAACACACAAAUGAAAUGGCAAUAUUCAUAAAAUGUAGCUCAUGUGGCGCCACGGUGGCUCAGCUGGUAAGAGCGUUGGCCUCAACCACGGACCCAUCUCUGUGGAGUUUGCAUGUUCUCCCCCUGCCUGCGUGGGUUUUUCCUCCGGUCGGGCACUCCGGUUUCCUCCGACAUUCCAAAAACACGCAACAUGAAUUGGACACUGUAAAUUGCCACUCGGUGUGAUUGUCUGGAUGUGCCCUGCGAUUGGCUGGCAACCGGUUCAGGGUGUGCCCCGCCUCCUGCCCGUUGACAGCUGGGAUAGGCUCCGGCACUCCCCGCGACCCCCGUGAGGAUAAGCGGCAAAGAAAAUGGAUGGAUGGUUGGAUGUAGCUCGUGUUUCUUUUUCGCCCCAUGAACAAACACAUUGAAAGAAAAGACAUCGACCGCUUGUGAUGCUUUUUAGUCGCAAUAUGUUGUCGUGGAAUUGUGUGCAUGAGUGCCGUCGCUGCCCACUUGAGCUCAACGCUGCCCGUUGCGCUCAUUUGUUGACGUCGUGCCAGUGGAGUGAGGAUUUCCCCAUUGGCAAAGAGCAGCAGAAGCACUUUGCACCCAGCCGCUGAUCGAAACCAUCCAUCCAUCCAUCCAUCCAUUCUCCUAGCCGGAGAAAACCCCCACAAGCACGAACUCCGCACAGGCGGGUCCGGCAUCGUACCCGGGACCUGCCAACGCUUUCCAGCAGCUCCACCGUGCCGCCUGGUCCAAACCAAUGAGGAAAAUGUGGAACUCGGCUCGGGGAAUGGAAACAUUGACACUCACUGCAGUUAAUGAAUUACAGCAGUGAAUGUAGCUUCCUUCUUGAACUUUUCGUCCUUGUUUGCGAGCGGACAGGACCUGUGUGUGUGUGUGUGCGUGCACUUUUGCGUCAUGUGAAUUCUCUUUCGCUUUCUCCAAAACUCACCCCCAAGGAUCAACACACUGAAAAGAGAACCUUUUCUCACACUAUCGGUUUCGACUUUAUACUUUAUGAACAUUUGGUGUGUGGUUGGGGUUGUCGACACUCAGCCUUUGAUGUCUCUAUAUGUAGCACCACUUGGAAAUAAUUCAAAAAUAUUUCCAGUGUUCCAGAGCCCUCAAGGGAUUGGGAAUGUCCAACAUCCUGGUUUUAUUUUCAUUUUCCCACGAUUAAUUCACCCAGUUAAAACUGCGUCCUCACGUACGCUCACAAACCUUCUUGUAUAUUCAUGUUUUAAUUUUUGCAUUUUUAUUU